AUGCCAGAGCGUCACACAGCCGAGAACAUCGCGUCCCGCCUACAAGAAUGCGUAAGGGAGUUCGGUCUCACGGGCAAGGUGGAAUGCUGCGUCCAUGACAACGCCCGCAACAUACAGAAGGCCGGCACACUCUGUCCAGAGUGGGGAGACCACUCCUGCUUCGCCCACACCCUCCAGCUCUGCAUCAAGCCAGUCCUCGAACUUCCUUCUGUCUCCAAGGUCCUGAGCAAGUGUCGAAAGCUGGUAAGGCAUUUCAAGCACUCAACGACAGUCACCGCUGAGCUACACCGUCGCCAGGAGCGGAUGCAGAAGGAGGGCGAGAAGCAACCGACACUGGCCCUCAUCCAGGACGUCCCCACGAGGUGGAAUUCCACGCAGCUGAUGUGUAGCCGCCUCGACAAGCUACGCCGGGUGGUCACUGACAUCAUGCUUGACGAUGACGUCACGGAGGAGGCCGACCGCGAUCUCCUUCUGAGAGACGGCGAGUGGGGCAUCGUUGCCGACAUAUCCACAGUCCUUGGGCCGUUCACCCACGUGACCACCUUCAUGAGUAAGGACAAGGACGUAUCCAUCGGGGAGAUGUUUCCCAUCGUGUAUAGUUUGGUUGGGAAAGUGUUGCAGCCCUGCAACAAUGACACAGCGCUGGUCGCCUCGAUGAAGACCACUUUCCGGGAUGAGAUGACGGAGAGGUUCCAGCCAGGCCGAGAUGAAACUGCCGAGUCCCUCCCGAUGCUCGCCUCACUUCUGGACCCUCGAUAUAAGAAGUUAAGCUUCCUGCCCAGGCAGCUACGACGAAGGACACACACCAUGCUGGAGGGCCGCCUUGACGAUGUCCCGUUCAAGGUCAGCUCGCGCGAUGACGGUGACUGUGCCACACCUGCUAAGCGACCACGGCUUGAGUUCAUGGUCACAGCCCCGGAGUCAUCGGUGGAGGACGAUCUUCAGCUGUACCUUGCCGAGAAGAUGGAUGAUGCAACACCAGCCCUCGAGUGGUGGCGGCGCAACGAGAACCGUUUUCCGAAGGUCGUGCAAGUGGCCCGUAGCGUCCUCGCGGUUCCCGCUACAUCUGUGCCAUCGGAGCGCGUAUUUUCGUCCGCCGGGCUUGUUCUGAACAAGUUGCGCAACAGACUUAACAGUGACAUUGUUGGUGCCAUCUUGUUCCUAAACAAGAACAUGCGUUCUGUGAAGUGUGACACUGAGUGA